CAAUCUUCCUCCUCCUCUUCUUGGGCACCGUCUGCGGCGGCGGCAGUGACGACCUCUCGACUUAGCUCGGCCCUCCUGUCCCUACGCCUCUCCUGGAUCGCCCUCAUCUCCUCGGCGUACCGGAGAAAGUUGUCGCCGAAGCGAGCCCAGGCUUUGUACGGCACGGUGAUGGAGUGGCGGUAAGAGGGCUUCACCUCGCUCAGCCGCAGAAACACCCCGUACCGGUUGGAGCCCGGGUCAAAGAAGAACCGCUUGUUAUCAACCGGCACCGAGAUCCCCUCGGGCAGUUCGAGCGACCCCGGAGCCCCAGCCUCGUCUAGCAGGCCUCCCCCUCCAACUGCUGCCGCCGCCACCGUUGGGGCAACUCCAUAAUCCUCGAUCAGCCGAGCCAGGGCGUCCCGAAACUCAAUGAGGCCUUGGGCCGGGAGGGCGAUGGUCUGGCCUUGGGCCGAGUAGCCCCAGCCGGGGGAUCCUCGGCUCACGGUCUGACGGAUGCGCAGGAAGCGGCCGCGCUGGUUCUCCUUCAGGUCCAGGUAGUACUUGCGGUUCUCCCGUACCAGGGACUCGCUCUUCAGCACCCGCUGCGGCUGGGCCUGGGCCUCGGGCUGGGCCACCGCCGCCUGCUGUUGUACCACCGCAGCCGCCACCUCCUCGUCUUCCUCCUGCUGUUGCCUCCGCCGCCGCCUCAAGCCGCCACCACCUCCUCCUGCUCCGCCGCCGGUCAGCCCGAGCUGGGCGUAGUGCUCGAUGAAGUCUCCCAGGUAGUCGCGCAUCUCGGCCGCCACCGGCAUGGAGACGGUCAGACGGCUCUUGCGGCCUGCCGAGCCCACCACCUCGGCGAUCUUCAGGAAGCGUCCCUUGGCGUUCUGCUUCACGUCCAGAUAGAAGCGCUUGUUCUGGAUAUCCACCCGCUUGGAGGCCAGCUCCUGGGUCUCGAGUAGAGAAGUGCAGACGGUCGAAAGGCGGAUGGUGCCGGCGAUACCGCCCGCAAUAUUUGUUGCCACCCUUCCUUGCUCGAACGGCGAGGGAGGACGAAUCCUCACCAAUCGAGUGGAAAUCUUGAAAAAGAUGCAUUAAGUGGUGAGAAGAUGACUGAUCAGGAGCGUAACUUACCAGAAUGGAUGGCUUCAGAAGAAAUUAAAGAAGCUGCAAAUCAACAAAAGGUUUCUUGUAUAAAGAAAAAUGCUCUGGAGGACAAACUUCCCUUCUUGGAGUUUCCUGGGUCCAUUGUAUGCAGUUACGAAGCAAAUGACUGUUCUUUCCUAUCAGAAGAUUUAAGGUCUUCUGUUGCAAAGGAAUCAGCUGUUGGAUUUGACAUAGAGUGGCCUCCAGCAUAUAUAAAAGGCAAGGUUGGAAAAGUUGCACUUAUUCAGCUGUGUGCAUCUGAGAAAAAGUGCUACUUGUUCCAUAUCUCUUCCAUGUCAGGAUUUCCAAGUGGUCUGAAAAGAUUGCUAGAAGAUGAAGCAAUUAAAAAAGUUGGUGUUGGAAUUGCUGGAGACCAUUGGAAGCUAAUGAGAGACUGUGACAUUAAACUCAGAGGUUUUGUGGAAUUAACCGACAUAGCUAAUCAAAAGCUGAAAUGUGCAGAGAAGUGGAGUUUGAAUGGAUUGGUGCAGCACCUCUGUGGGAAACAGCUUUGGAAGGAUGCAUCUGUCCGUUGCAGUGACUGGGAUACAUUUCCACUAAGCGUUGAGCAACAGCGUUAUGCAGCUACUGAUGCCUACGCUGGUUUUCUAAUUUAUGAAAAGUUAAAGACUCUGGAUGUGAACAGAGGAAAACUGGUUCUUAGUAACGAUGAUCAAAAAUUGCAGCCUUCCUUUUAUUUAAGGGCUAAUCUGAUCUCUCUUGCCUGUGAUAUGCAGAAACUAGCUGAUAUUGUUCCUGAUUCCCACGUUAGUGGUGUACAGAGAGCUUUGGAUAUCUUUAACGUCAUCUCUGAAAAUGUUUCUGCUUUACGGAACAUUUUACUUGAACUGACGCCAGGGGUUGGUGCAGAACAAGAGAAAGAAGCAAAAUCUGAAUUAUCUACAAAUAGUCGAGCUGUGAACGACCAUUUUGAAAAUGAUUUAGAAGGUAAUCAAAAUACAAGUGGGAGCAACCAACAUGUAAAGCAAGAAGAUCACUUGACUAAUUCACCAUUGGAUCCCCAGAUUGGCAGGAAGGUUUGUGAACCACGCUCUGAAUCCCAAGGGAUUGAUCAAAAUGAGAGUGAUAUUUCUGAAGAAUGCAACCAGAAUAAGCAUCCGGAUUACCUGAUGUCUUUAGCCAUAACUGAAUAUGAGCUUCAGAUGUUGGAGCAGCAGGCAGAAGCAGAGGAUGCAGUGGAAACUACUAUUUCCUCUAUGCCAAUCAAGCCACCGAAUAGUGAUGAAGAAGCUGAUCUCUCUUAUGUGAUUGAAAGUGAUGAGGAGCUGGAGAAUGAAAUGCUCGAGGCACUGCAAAAUUUGGACAGCAGCUCUGAAUUGGAGACUAAAGCAUUUCUCAAAAAUUUACCUGGCAAAGUUGAUGGAUUGGAGGAAUUUUGUGGGGUGGAGGAUGAAGAAGAUGAAAACAUCAAGGAAGAGGAGGACAAAUGGGAUGCUUCAAUACCUGAACCAAAUACAAAACAGAUCAAGUGCCUGAAGACAUAUUUUGGACAUUCUAAUUUUAAACCGGUUCAAUGGAAGGUUAUCUAUUCAGUACUUCAGGAGAGAAGAGAUAAUCUUGUUGUUAUGGCAACUGGUUAUGGUAAGAGUUUAUGCUACCAGUUCCCUGCUAUUUACACAGGAGGGAUUACAAUAGUAAUUUCACCUCUUAUCUCAUUGAUGGAGGACCAAGUAUUGCAACUGAACAUGUCCAAUGUAGCAGCUUGUUUCCUUGGCUCUUCGCAGUCAAAAAAUCUUUCCCAUGAACUGACAAAGGGUCAUUUCAAAGUUGUUUACAUGACUCCUGAAUUCUGUUCAGCAUCUGUUUCGUUACUCAAGAAACUUGAUGACAGUGUUGGUAUAACUCUUGUUGCUGUGGAUGAAGCUCACUGUAUCUCUGAGUGGGGGCAUGAUUUUAGAAAUUCAUACAGAAAACUUGGAACCUUGAAAAAUUUCCUCCCACAGACUCCAGUUGUUGCUUUGACUGCCACUGCUAGCCCUUCAAUCAGAUGUGACAUCAUAGAGAGUCUGAGGCUGAAGAAUCCUCGGAUUGUCUGUACUACGUUUGACCGGCCAAACCUCUAUUUAGAAGUUUGCUCUAAAUCUACAGACAUUCAGCAAGAUUUAAUGCCAUUUUUAAUUAAAAGGGACACGUUCACUUUUGAGUUUGAAGGGCCCACCAUAGUUUACUGCCCAUCCAGGAAAGUUACAGAACAAGUGGCUACAGAGUUGUCGCAGAUGAAUAUUGUUUGCGGUACGUACCAUGCAGGCAUGGGUAUCAAAGCCAGGAGAGACGUCCAUCACAAGUUUAUGAGGGAUGAAAUUCAGUGUGUGGUAGCUACUGUUGCUUUUGGCAUGGGGAUUAACAAGCCUGAUAUUCGUAAAGUCAUUCAUUAUGGAGCCCCUAAAGAAAUGGAAUCCUACUAUCAAGAAAUUGGGAGGGCUGGGCGAGAUGGUUUGCCCAGUGCUUGUCAUGUCUUGUGGUCUCCUGCCGACAUGAUGUUAAACAGGCGGCUGCUCAGUGAGAUUAAAAACCCAAAGUUCCGUGCCUAUAAAAUUAGGAUGAUGGAAAAAAUAAAGAAAUACCUCACAUCUUCGAAGUGCAGAAGAAACAUUAUCUUGUCCCAUUUUGAAGAUGAACAGCUCAGAAAGGCCACCCUUGGGAUCAUUGGCACUGACAGAUGUUGUGACAAUUGUAGAUUAAGAGUUGAUGGCUGCACUUCUGCAGAUGAUGCAGAAAAUGAAAUGCAAGAAUUUGGACAAGAAGUGUACCAACUGUUGUCUGCAGUCCGUGUUUUAGGAGAAAAGUUUGGCUUUGGCGUUCCUGUUCUGUUCUUGCGAGGAUCUCACUCUCAGCGUUUGCCAGAAAGGCAUCGUAAUCACCAUCUGUUUGGCAGUGGAAAGAACCAUCCUGAAAACUGGUGGAAGGCCUUGGGUCAGCAGCUUAUUAUUGAGGGCUUCCUGCAAGAAAAAUCCAGCUUCAACAAAUUUGCUACUGUAAAUACUCUGACUGUGAAGGGAAGAACUUGGCUGGAUAAGGCAGCUAAUGAAUCCUGCCGCACUCUACUACUUCAGGCCACUAAAGAACUGUGCCUACCUAUUCCACCCAAAGUUCAGGUUCAAUCUCCAGCCUUGCCUUCUGUACCCUCUCAACAGUCUUCUCCGUCGGCCAGUCGUUUGAAGCUUCAGAAGAAGUCACUGCAAGACAAGUUUGGACGGGAGAAGGGAAAAGAGAAUGAAAUGUUGUUUCCAGCAGCUGCAGUUAAAAGCCGUUUCUUUGUUCCACAUUCGCCUGGCUCACCUGUAAAAUCCAUUCCCUCUCAACAAGUCACAUCACCUAAGCAACUGGAACUGGAAGGCAAGUUAUAUAGCAGACUGUUAGCAGCAAGACAGAAAAUUGCCAAUGAGAAGGAUGUUCCUCCAGCUAUUUUGGCGACAAAUAAAGUACUCCUAGACUUUGCCAAGAUAAGGCCGUCGACUACUGACAAUCUGAAACGAAUUGAUGGGGUAUCUGAAGCUAAAUCUGGUGUAUUAGCUCCCCUCUUGAAUACCAUCAGGGAAUUCUGUCAAGCCAAUGAAUUGGAGAUGGACAAGUUCUCUGUUUCAACUCAUGGGGAAAAUCAACCAUUGAUCCUACUGAACUCUAUCUCGGGCCCUGUGUCGGAAUUCACGUGUUCAGCAGUGUUUCCAAGUAAAACUAGAGAUUCAAGCAACUUGGUUGUGCCCAUAGUUGGUCAGUGUUUGGCCGAUACACUGAAACCUAGUUACGCAAAGAAUGCCAGUCAAGCUGGAAUUCAUCAACCAGUUGAGGAGCUAAACAUUGACGUCAUUCGAAAUCCUCCAGUUACCUCAGACCUCAGCAGUUUGCAGUCUGUUGAGAGGCAGCACGAUGGUGAAUGUAUUGAGCAGCUACAAAGUUCUUGCGUUGAAACAAAAUUGCUGCCACUUGGUGCUCAAGAGGAAGAACUAACAUGGAUUGAAACAGCUGGAAAGCACACCAGCACCAGUCAAAAGAUACAAUCCAGCGUGUCCUCUCUUUCUUUGGCAUCAUGGAACCAACCAGACACCAGCACACAUGAUUUGUUUGAUGAUCAGCCCACAGAUGGGAAGCAUGCAGAUGCAGAAAAACCUACAGUGACAUCUUUUAUCCAGGCUACCGACAGCAGUCAGAAUGUCCCAAGAAAUGUAUCCUCUCUUAGCUUAGCAUCGUGGAGCCAGCCAUUGAUUGAUGCCUCUGUUGGUGAUUUGUUUGAUGAUUCACAGAAUGAGAGCUGCAGUCAGUCAACAAAAAGGAAACUCCCAGAUUGGUUUGGCUCAUCAAAUCCUCAGAAAAUCUCCUGUACUACCAAGAAGAAAGUGAAGAAAGGAAAAGGACUUUUCAGUUGAACCUACUUCACAACCAUUGGUUUUCUGAUAAACCCCUCAACACCAUAGAAUUUGUGAUAGGCGAGGAAGCCAGCUGUUUGGGAACAGGCUCACUAUGUUGAGUGUUUUGCAGGCAGCUUUGUUCACCUAGUGACGACUUGGUUCAGAGCACUCGGCUAGACAGGAGGAAAGCAGCAGAAGAUGUCAAGAUGAUGUUUUUGUUUGCUAAAUUCCUUACAUUCUUUAAUACAAAAUCUUGAAUGUCUUGGAACUCAAUGUUAAUUUGGUUUUAAUGAUUUUCUUAAUGCAUUGUGAAACUAUUCUCGUAAUGGUUAUCUCCUAUUAUUAUGUCCAUUAAUAUAUGCUGUAAAAUUUUGCAACAGAGGUCUGUUCUCUAUUGUUUUGAAAAUGCAAUGUGAUUGGGAUUCCUGAACAACAAGUAAGAUAUUUUGAUGUUGGGCUAUUUUCCAUUUGUUUUGAAAGUCGGUACUUGUAUUAUACAGUAAGGUACUGUACUAUUACAAAGGUUUUGAUAACACAUCAUAGUGCUAUCAAUAACCAUUUUCACUUUGUGAUCUGGAAUGGAUUCUCUCUGGUAGAAAGUCCAAAGGAACUGCACUGUUGCACAACCUACAUUGAGGCUGGCUGUGCUCAUUCUAAUUGCAUUGAGAAGGAAUGCUACACAUUAACUGGUGCUGCAAUUGCUUAAUAAUUUCAAGCAAAAUAAUUUUUUGGUCCAAUUAUUUUUAUUCAGUUUCCGCAGUGUGCUGACAUGACAGGAGACCCAGUGCACCACAACGGGUUAGAGUGUAUGGGAUCGCACCUUUUUUGCUUUCCAGUGUGGAGGAGAAUUUUCCAGCUUUGGUCAUGUGUUCGAGGACCGUGAGUUGUUCAACCUGCACCUCAUGUGAGGUGCAAACCUGGAUAUGGCGACCUUCAGUUGCUGAGAGAGGGUUUCAGCUGCAUUUUCAGGCAUCUGAAAACUAGUGUCACUUUUUUGAGUUCAAGUAUUUGGAUGUUCUCAACAGGCAUUGACAGAGAGACACUGUCAUAACGCGGACCAGAAAGAUGUUACUUGGAAAUAGGUGAAAAAAAAGUCUAUAAUUUUGAUUUUUUAACGCGAUGUAUAGAUGGGUACAGCUUCUACGUAGCUUUUUUGGGACAGAUUGUGGUUAGACUCUUCUAAAACAAUUAAAGCAAUUAACUCCAAGGGGAUUUAUGCUGUGUUUUACAGCCUUUAUUAAAGUGGGACUAAAUGCUUAUCGGUAAAUCAACAUUUUGACUUUUUUUUUAUCAGGAGGAUCAUUAAAACCCAACAUGACAUAAAUGUCUGCACUUAUAGGUCUGAAUGACAGCAGACUGUCUAUGAUGUGAUGCAGUGUUUGCGAUGUGAAAUUCAGUGUCCUGACAGAAUAAAAUUAAUUGACAAUAAAUAUAU